AAAAACCAACGUUUAGAAUGCUGCAACAUCUGAACCAUUCAACGUAUAAGAAUAAAUCACAGAACUGUUCUAAAUUGUACACUAGUGGGCAAGAGGUUGAUCCGGUGACCCGCCACAUAUUAUCAGCCAGACUGCACAAAACUAAAGAGUUGAAGAAUGAGGUAUGUGACCUUCAGAGGGAACUGGAAAAUGCCAGGCUGGAAAAUAGACUACUUAGGCAGGUUCAGUUCAGACACAUGAGGGCACUGGUCAAGUUCGAGAAUGAACAGAAUAACUUACCCCAGCUCCUGAGCAGGCAUGAGAGUGAAGUACGGAUGUUGAAAGAAAUGCUGCGAAAGUCAAAGGAUCAAGAUCGGAAUGUGUCAAAGCAACUGAAAGAGGCAGAGUCAGAGCUGUGGAAGACCAAAAACACUCUCCAGAAGCUAAAGGAUCUCUGUGACAAGAAGAACUUGCAGGAACGGAAUGAGCUGACCUGGAAACUAACAAAUCUCACAAAAAAACUUGAGCUUGAUCAAAAAAAGAUCCAGGACCUGGAGAAAAUUCUGGAAUUAAAAAGUAAAAGUUUCAAUCAUCAGCUGGCUGCAGAACACAGAAAGACACAGGAGGCCCUUGAUCUGGCAAAGAAGCUAGAACUGGAGCAACGCACCCUGAAUCAAAUGCUGACGGAAAAACAAAGGCAGCUAGGAGUGAGAAACAUCUAUGCUAAUCGGAUGCUGCUGGAUCAUUCAAAGAACAGUCGGUCAUCAACAAGACAUAAAGCUGAAAAUGUGGCCAAAGCAAUACAGACAGAAGAAUCUUUGUCUCCUAUCACUUCCUUUUCUCCUCAUAAUGUCCUCCCAAAUUUAGAGAAGAAGUCUGUACAUAGUGAGAAGGAAGCACCAAAUGAAGCUAAUGAAGAUUGCAAAACAUCAAAAAUACAACUCAGAAAGGAAGAGACUGAACUGGAUUUUGAGAUGGAAAGACUAAGAAAAGAAUAUGAACAAGCAGAGAAGAGAUGGAAGGAAAUGGCAGAAAACAAUAUCUUAGAAAACCUUGAAAGAGAAAAGAGAGAAAAACAAGAGAAGGAAAGAGCUGCUCAAGUUUUGAGAGAGGCAUCAGAAAGGAAAGAGACGGAAGGAGAAGAGCAAGACACCAAUGAAAUAGAGCUGCUAGCAACAACAGAGGAAAACAAAGAUGCAAAUGAAUUACAACCAGACAAUAUCAAGGACAUGGGUGAAACAUUUACAAUGAAUGACAACCCCAAUAAAACUCCUUCUCGACUCAGAAGGCGCUACAGAUUCACAGAACAAAUUGAAAAUCUCCACCAAGGACUUCCUGUUUGCAAAAUAUCUUAUGCAACCCAUAUCAGCACCAAGAAAAGACAAGACAGGCAAGAAAUAAUGAGAGCUCUGUUGGAGACUGCAUUAGACUGCACCUAAUCUGAUGACAUCACACAUUCCAGGGUGGAGAUCUGGUGAGUCCAAAUCCAGAACACAAUAGAGUCAGACCAUCAUCUCUGGCUUCUGAUAGUCUUUGUUAUAAUGUCUA